CUAAUUAUUCACGUGACUUUAACACAUUCCUUCAUUUCUGCAGGAAAAGAAAAUAUUUUCGUAAAAUAAAAAAAUUAGAUUGCGACAUAAUCGAUUUGCGACAAUUCGUAAUUUAUAUUUCUUGGUAAUUAUAGAAGAAAAACUAUUUUUUGCUCUUACAAUGACACUCCGCAGGUUUAUGAAGUAAACUCGAUUAUCGUAAAAAUACAAAUGCAGUUAUGGAAAUUUUUCCUUUGUUUAUCUUUUGUAUAAAAACCAAAGCUUCACGAGAUAUGGUUCAUUUGUUGCAGCGAAUACGUAUGAUAAAACUGUGUUAAUGGCGUUGAGAAAUGAUACUGCAGAUUUUUUCUUUUACAUCGCAGAGAUAUUUAAGACUGAGAAAAUCGUUAAUAUUAAAUACGUCACAUCUAUUGAAUCUUUCAAAACUAUUGUUAUUCAAGUGAGAGAAAGUGCAUUUUGGUGAUUAGUUAGUGAUAUAUAAUCUAAACUUUGUUUGAUUAUUUUUAAUCUCGUUAUUUUCCCUGAUUCGGAAUUCUAUCAUUUUACUUUGACAGAGAUGUUACAGUGCCUCUACUGAUUAAUUGAGCUCAUCUGAUGCCAAUUUUCUCGGAACUGAUUCAACGUUCGUUUAGAAGUCAAUGGAUAUGGAAAUACAGGCCUUCUGAAAUAUCAAUAAUUAACAUUCGAUAUCUUACUACAAUACAUCUGAUGACAAUUUUCCCGGGACUGACUCAACAUUCGUUUAGAAACCUAUGGAUAUGGAACUCCAGGCCUUCUGAAAUGUCUACGUACUACGUAGACAUCUUUUAGUACAUAAAUUACAGCACAUGAUUGAAAAACAUUAUAUACAUAACAAUAACCGUUUCGAAAGAAAAUAUUAUUUUCAUUAAAAAUUAAAACUCGUGUAAAACUCUUUAUUAGAUAGUGGGAGAACGAAGAAAAAGGAAAGAAAAAAAAAAAGCGUUCACAAUGUAUGCUAAAUCAGUGCAGUUGAAUCUGUCAAUAUCUAAAUCAAUAGACAUCGAGUUUUCCAAUGUGGUGUACGAAGUUCAGAAUGGAUUUCGUGGUCCAAAGAAACGGAUUCUUAAAGGGAUCAACGGGUAUUUCAAAUCCGGCGAGAUGUGUGCUAUCGUAGGUCCCUCGGGAGCUGGGAAGUCUACGUUAUUGAACAUUUUGACGGGAUUCGAAGAAAACAAGAUCUUGGCGGGCAAGAUAAACUAUCGCGAUAACAAAGGAGAUAAGGAACCUUGGAACAAGUGUAGAAAAUACUCCUGUUAUAUAUUGCAAGAAAAUUACCUUCGUAAUCUAUUUACAGUGAACGAAGCAAUGAUGAUAUCAACGAAUUUGAAGAUAGGUAACGAUCUGAAUCAGAAUACCAAACAGAUUCUAAUCGACGAUAUUCUAGAUAGGUUGGAUUUAAUAGAUAACAAGAACACACAUACGAAUAAACUAAGCGGUGGACAGAAGAAGAGGCUUAGCAUCGCGUUGGAGCUGGUCGAUAAUCCUCCGGUUAUGUUUUUAGAUGAGCCUACGACUGGCCUGGAUUCCUAUUCAUCCUUUCAUUGCGUUAAAUUGCUUCAGAAUCUAGCGAGAGAUGGUAGGACGAUAAUAUGUACGAUCCAUCAACCUAGCGCGACUAUUUACGAAAUGUUCGAUCACAUUUACUUGCUAGCCGAUGGACGUUGCAUGUACGAUGGAACAGCCAAGAACACAAUCGACUACUUUGCUAAUUUAGGUCUGCACUGUCCAAAAUAUCAUAAUCCCGCGGACUAUAUAAUAGAGGUCGUUAGCAACGAAUAUGGAGACUUCAGAGAUCAACUCGUCGAACUGGUUGAGAAUAAAUGGAAGAUCUCGGAAGUAAACUCCUUGGAGAAAUUGUCGGCAAUCGAAGACAACAACGUUCGACGAAAUUACAAAGAAAAAGAGAAAACGACCGUCCUGAUAAACACACCGUCCGAAUUUAAGAAAUUUUUAGUUUUACUCAAUCGCAGCAUCGUAUUAUCCCACAGGGACUGGAACUUAGUUUACCUCAAGGUAUUCAUGCAUUUUCUCAUAGGUACACUUCUCGGUACAUUCUACCUAAAUUUCGGCAACGAAAGUGAUAAAACCUUGAACAAUAUCAAAUAUAUUUCUGGUAUGAUUAUGUAUCUUUCCUAUACCAGCGCGAUACCGGCUGUAUUGAAAAUCCCUUUAGAAAUAAAAAUGAUAAAGAAGGAGCAAUUUAAUAAUUGGUAUCAGCUGAGAACUUAUUAUUUUGUUUUGCUGAUAAUUGAUGUACCUAUCCAAAUAUUGUUUUCUUUCACUUACUGUUCCAUUUCAUAUUAUCUCAGCCAACCGCUGGAAUUGACUAGAUUCCUCAUGUUCUUUGGGAUCAUUUGCCUGACGUCCAUCAUCGGUGAUAGUUUCGGGUUGAUUAUCGGUACUUUGCUCACUCCCGUGAAUGGUAUCUUCAUAAGUUCAAUCUUUAUAGCCAUAUUUUUAUUGUUCCAGGGUUGUUUCGUUAUGUUCAAUCACAUGCCAAAAUACUUUUAUUACUUUAGUUAUUUUAGUUACAUGAGGUACGCCUUUGAAGGUUUGAUUCAAUCGACGUACGGAUACGAUCGUGAGAAACUUUAUUGCUCUAACAAUACCAUAUAUUGUCCAUUUCGUGUACCGAAAAUAGUAAUUAAGGAACUGGCACUGACGGAUGAACAAUAUUGGUUCGACCUACUCGUUCUAAUCAUCUUCUUCGUUUUCUAUCGAAUCGUUGCUUAUUACACGUUGAAAAGAAAUUUCUCGAGAAUGUGAAACAAAUAUUAUCAGUCUGAACGAAGUAUCAAUAUUUUUUUUUGAGAUGAGAGUAUUUUCUUAUCCUCGCAUUAUCGUUACUUUCAUAUACGAGCUUACAAUAUAGAUAAAUCGAAUACGAAUGAAAACAAGUGGGGAAGAUUCAAUCGUUUUAGUAAUCUUCAAUGAUAGUAAUUUGAUAAAAAAAUAAUUUCAAUUAAUAUUUCCUUGAGAAUUGUUCAAAGCAGGUGUACGAUAUAUGUUGAUAGUUGCGACCGUAAAUAUCCUUAUAUUCUUUUCUAAAAUUUUCUAGAAAUAUUAUAAAUUAUAACUAGUUGUAAUAGUUUAUGUAUUAUAUUUUUUAUAAUAUACGACAUAUAUGUCAAUCUAAAUGGAUUUUUCAUUUUGCUGACAUCACGAUCAGGAGAGCACUUGACUGAUUUAAAAGUAUGCAUAAAUCUCUCUCAAAAUUCCUAUUUAAGAAUCGUAAUUGAUAACCUUAGCUCAUGAUAAUGAUAGGAACGUA